GCUCUUGAAGCUCUUCUUGUUGUGCUAUCAAAGCUACGGCUAGGACGAGCUGUGACUGGUGACUGCGCUGGGCGAGGUCACUGCUACUUGCUGCUCCGCGUCGAGGCCGUCCGCUGCGGUCUUGUGCUGAUUGAUUACAGCUGUGCGAGCGGUUUGCAACCCUCGGAGCAACGCUGCGUCUCGCGCUCGUGGCGUGUGGCACUGCUGCAGAGGCUCUCUGGCCAUCGACAUCGAGUGUCUUUGGCACCCUGGUGCGUGCCGCUAAGGCUAGAUAGCGAGGCCAGGCUUCACGCACAGAUGGAAGACGCCGCCGUUGAGGCGCUGAAAGCCCGUGUAACCGGCGGCGACCUCGACCCCGGCCUCCUGCGCCAAUUAGCAGACGCCCUCGACGCGCAGACGACGAAGGAGAAGAGAAGGAGACUGCUGCGCACGGGCGGACGAGUGCGGGCGCCGCGCGGCGUCGGGCGGGAGCCCUGCCUGGUGUCUGAUUACGAUGGCGGCGAUUCAGUUGAUGUCGUCUACGACGACGGCGGCGAGGGCACCGUCGAGGCGUCGAAGGCGUCCUCGUUGUUAGAUUUUGAGAUGGAUGAGAGUGCAUGCGGCGACGCAUCAGAAUUGAAAAGGAGGGGCAACGCGCUCUUCGGCGAGAAGGACUGGGUUAAUGCUGCAGCUCAUUACGAACGGGCCCUCAAAGUUCUAAAGCGGCCACCGACGACAGGCGCCCGAGUCCUGAUCAAUGCCAACUCCCAAUUGAGGUGUGGCACGCUCAGUGAUGUCUCGACAAAAACUGUCGACGUGAUGUACGACGACGGCGUCGAUGAGGACGACCUCGAUCGAAGACGAGUUAUUUUGGUGGUGAAUGACGCCGAGCUCCAGUGCUCCUUGUACUUGAACCUGGCGAAGUGCGGCCUGAAGGUCAAUCGCCUGAGGGACUCGACGUCGGCGGCGACGCUGGCGGGCGGCCUCGCAAAUAGUACAGAGGAGCUGAAGGCGCGGUUUUUGUGUAGCGCGCGCGUCGUCCGCGGCCGCGCGAACCUCGCGCAGAAGAAACUGAGACAUGCGCUGCGCGACGCGGACGUCGCGCUCGAACUCAACGCGAGCGACGCGGGCGCGCUGGCGCUGAAGCGCGACGCCGAGCGCGCGAAGAAGCUCGCCUUGCGGGAGAACAAAAAAUUAGCGAAGGAGGUGACGCAGUGGGUCGAGACCGCGCAGGGCAAAUUUACCGAGAACGGCGGCGACGCGGGCGACUGCGCCCAGCAAUAA